CCUUUCAUGCCGGACACCGACCUUCCGCUACUCAUUGGAAAUAUCUCAGAACAUCGACAGACUAAGCAAUAUUGCCAGCAACCAUACUAAUGUGGUACCAGGUGCACGAGCUUGAAGGCCUGUUUCGGGACCUAUUUCGUUUCAGUACCCAGAUCGUCGAUCUUGAUGUGUCCAGCAAGCCUCAACACCAACUUGACCGUCACGUUAUGACAUUCAUUGAAAGUAAUGAUGGACCGAACAACCUGCUGAUAGUAUACUAUCAAGGACACAGUGUGUAUCGAGAGUUGUAUAAUCGUCUAGAGCUUUCCGCGAGCAACAUACCCGUCCUUAGCGUUGGACUUCACCGAUCUGCAUUUGUCAGUUGGCGCAAGACAGAGGAGCUACUGCGCUCCGAUGGGGUCGAUGGAGACGUAUUGACGAUUCUCGACACGAGUUUUGCGAGCAAUAUGGCAGAGAAUGGAAAGGCGAACCUGCAGAUUACGUCAACGCAGAAGCUAUUUGAGCUAUUAAGCGCAUGUCCUGAAAAUGAGAUAACGGAUCCGCCUGGACCAAAUUCGUUCACGCGAGCGCUCAUUGACACUCUAUCCGAACUGGCCAAGACAUCUGGAUCACGGCCAUUUACCACUGCUCAGGUCACCCAGCGAAUUCGCAUGAAGAAGACUCGAAAAGAAACACCCCCACAGCUUUUCUCUUUCCUGUCCAAAGAUCGUCACAUCGUUCUGUCCCCGGCAAAAGUCAAAGAAGACCAUUCCAAAAAUUUGUCAUGGCCCCAGACAUACGCGCGCUCCUAUCUAAGGUUAGGUAUGGCCUUUCGAGACGAGCUUCUGAACGAGGAACAAAUAGAGUUCUUGGUUUCAAACUUGGCGAAAGCGUUGAAAGACGUCAGGUUCAUUGGACUGCGCAAAAUUGAUUGGUUGGGCAUUGAAAUUAGGCCAACAGUACAGCUUGAACCCACUGGCUGGGCGAAGACUGCAGUUGCACGCUGGAAAGAGGUGGUGCGCGAAUCGCGACUUAAAAGACGAGAGAACACUCUGGCUCGUCGAUGCCUUGCUGAGUACCCAGACACACUGUUCAGAUACCUGAGUCGGGCAACAGCCCACAAGACUUUCGAUGAGACUCCAGGUGAUGCGCUUUUACGUCGCCAAACUGCUUUGGCAGUAUACGGUGUGACGAAGUGGAAAAAAUAUGUGCGGAAAAAACGCGUCGCGAAACUUCAUCGAACAACUGCGAAACAAGGGCAAGAUCCUGCAGGGAGCAGCGAAAUCGGCAUUGAGAGCAAAGUCACCAGACAAAAGCCGUGAUGUUGGCCUCUAGGUAGACAGGUUGGCGCCAUCUGUUGUGUUUUCGACAUUCAAAGUGCUUCUCGGUCACCUUAGGGUGAGCUUAUAUUGGUGCUUGUCAAUAUGUGCUAACCACCCCCUACCUUGGUACAGUAUACUGUCACAGUCACGAGUCAGGUACCCACGCACCCUAAUUAGCUAGAUAGCUAUAGGAUGCGUGUAUAGGAUGUAGGGGAGGGCUAGACUCUAUGUAUAAUGGUAGUGCAGGGUACCUAUAAUUAGUACAAAGACUAGGCUUUUCUAUACCUACGGUACUGCUCUACUCGGUCCUUGAUCGUGCUACUGGGUAUAGUGGAGUAAAAUGGACGGCGG